CUCUUCGUGCCGUGCUCACUUUUUUUUAAAUAAAAAAUGGAUGUGCUUGUCUUGUCUCUUCUCUUCCUCUUCGCACUCCUCUCCUCUCUGCUUCUCGCUGCAAGAACCAAUCCGGCGAUCCGGAAGCUCCCGCCCGGCCCUGCAAAGCUCCCGUUCAUCGGUAACCUCCACCAGAUACGCGGAAACCUGCUGCACCAGUCCCUAUGGGAAAUCUCCAAGCAGUACGGCCCGCUCAUGCACCUAAAGCUCGGCCAAGUCUCGGCCGUCGUCGUCUCCUCCGCCGCCCUCGCCAAGGACGUCCUCAAGACAUUCGAUCUCGCCUGCUGCUCCCGUCCCCACAACGUCGCCACCUCAGAGAUCUCCUAUGGCGGCUCCGACAUCGCCUUCAUGCCAUACGGCGAGCGCUGGAGGCAGCUACGUAAGCUCUGCAUCGUAGAAUUCUUGAGCGCCAGAAAGAUCAACUCUUUCAUGUCCGUGAGGGAAGAUGAGAUCGCGAGGAUGGUGAAGCAUAUCUCUUCUAGCAUCUCGAGCUCCCUCUCCAUCAACGUGAGUGAGCUCGCCCUGUGCUUCUCUUGCAACACGACAUGCAGGACGGCCUUCGGUCUAGACAUCGCCUGCAACGACGUCAGCGCUUAUGACGUGCUUAAGGAAGCGCAAGAGAUGUUGCUUAGCUUCUUCAUGGCAGACUACUUUCCCCUGCUCGGGUGGGUCGAUGUGGCGACGGGGAUGAAAUCAAGGCUUCGGAAAUCGUUUCUUGAGCUCGACGGAAUCUACCAGAAAUUCAUCGAUCGCCAUCUCGACUCGAAGAGUCGAUCAGGAAGUGAAGAGAAUGAGGAUUUAUUGGAUGUUCUGCUUCGGCUGCGGAAGGAUGAGCAGCUGACAGAGGAGAAUCUCAGAGGAGUUCUUAUGAAUAUUUUUAUCGGCGGGACGGAUACCUCUUCAGCUGUGGUGGAAUGGGCGAUGGCCGAGCUCAUCCGCCUGCCGGAGUUGAUGAAGAGAGCCCAAGAGGAAGUGAGAAGCUGCGUGGGGAGAAGCAAAGGGAAGGUGGAGGAGAGCGACCUGCACCAGCUUCACUACCUCAAACGCGUCGUCAAGGAGACGAUGAGGCUGCAUCCUCCGGUGCCGAUGCUCAUCGACCGGGAAAUCAUGCACUCGGUCACUUUAAGCGGCGAGUACCAAAUUCCUCCGAAGACGACAAUCUACGUGAACGCAUGGGCGAUCGGCAGGGAUCCGGAUGCGUGGGAGAGAGCGGAGGUGUUCGACCCGGAUAGGUUUGUUAACAUGGUGUCGCCGGGGGUGAACUCGUUUGCGCACUAUGACUUCAAGCUGAUUCCGUUCGGCGAGGGACGGAGGAUUUGCCCGGGGAAGAAUAUGGGGUUGCUGAUGGCGGAGUUGGCGCUGGCCAACCUCUUGUACUCUUUCGACUGGCAAUUGCCGCCGGGAACGAGGGCGGAGGACGUGAGCAUGGAAGAAGCGCCAGGGAUCACCGUGCACAGGAAGCAUGCUCUUUGCCUCAUGGCAGCCAAAUCUGAGGCAGACUGAGUGAAGCAGGAUUUGUAUUUGCUGUCGGAUCGUGAUAGUGAUCUGAUCACAAAUAGUUACGAUUUCUUCUUGGAUUCA